AUGCAGUUCUUCUUCCCAAAGAAGCACAAGCACCACAGGCUCGUCCUCUACUUGAUGGCCGGCGAGCUCCCGAUCACCAUCGUAAUAUUGACCUUGACUGGUAUCGCUUCUCACGAUCUAUACCGAACAUUAUUGUGGCAAGACGGAGCAGACAAUGGCUUCAACAGUGCUCCAAAUGAGGUUCUAUAUGCGGCAGCGAAUUACAGGCAAUUUACGCCCCCUAUGGUAUGGUCAAGCUUUAUCACCAGCUAUAACCUUGUCCUUGGUGUUUUGAGCACGUUUUUCCUCAUCACCAAGCUGCCAACCCACUGGAUGAAUCUGUUUUACCCUCCCGUUGCGGUCGCCGUCCACGCGUCCUUGAUCGCUCUCUAUCUUGUGUCAGCAGUCUACCAAGCAGGCUCCGAUACGUCAGAUCCCAACCACCCUCAGCCAGGAGCACCCUGGUACAUUGCAAAGAAUUGCAAUGUCGCCUUCAGAAAGUCCAAUAUCGGAUAUUGCAUGCAAGCCAAAGCGCUGUUUGCCGUCACAGUCAUCAUUAUUGUGUACUAUUCAGUCAUCCUCGGCUUCAACAUCCACUCCUGCUUCAUCACCGCCGAGGAACGCGAAGAGAUCCUGGAGCAGAGAGAAGAGCGACGCAUCGAGAAAGAGUUCGAAGAGGAAGUCAUCAAAUCUCCCGGCAUGAUCCCCAUGACUCCCGGUUCAAUGCCCCGAGGACCAGGCAUGGUACCCCGUACCCCCGGCAUCCCCCCCAUGGCCGUUGGAGGAAAUAUCUCACCCUUCGCUCCGCGUACCCUGGCCUUUAACCGACUCGGUAAUGGCAGCACCGCCUCAGAUCUUCCACUGCGGGACAACUCUCGUGCGCCGCAACCUCAAUCCACGCAUCCACAAGACGUCGGCUCGGAGAGCUCGGGUGGGUCACCGAUGUAUUUCCCCGCCGCCGCCGAAAAAGGCGGCUAA